AUGGUAACGCCCGAAGACGAACAUAUCGGCCUGACUCGUCACCAUUCUGACAAUUUUCCGUCCGCGUCCUGCCCCGCGCUGGACUCCUUGACCAGCCUCGCCCACCAGACGCACCUCUUUCGCUUUUGGCAGUGCUUAAACUCGUUGAACAAGCUCGCAGUCAAACCAAGCACCACAGGGACAUCUCAGUCUGUGAUUCGACAUCCCACACCUCAAGGCACCUUUGAGGCGUGGGAUGUCGAAUCGCAAACAUUGGGUUUCGACGAGUCAACGCUGAAGACUGUCGGAGCUCCCUUGGAAGGGCAUACCUGGAUAGUCUUAGGUCUAGUACUCUCAUUUGAUGAUGCUCUCCUUGCUAAUGCUUCCAGUGGCAAGACCAUCAAUUCCUCGCUUCGUGAGUCAACGUCCGACCUUACCACACUCUCGUCCUCUCACCAACUGGGUUACUACCCGAACUGGAAUGCUAAGAUUCACAUAUACGACAUUCCGUCUGACAUCCUGACCAGUGUCUGGCCUACACAGAAAGAACACUGUCUACUCCACUCUAGCCCCAUGUGCCGUGCCCUGCACUACAACCAUAUCCGGAUCGCACCUAUCGCAGCCUAUCAGCCACCACAUUGUCCUGGACUUCCGCUCCAAUCACUUUAAGGUCCCCUACAUAACUCAUCAGCCUGGCAACCCGUUUCGGCCUCGUCUUCUUUCGAUGUUCCUCUCGCGUGAGGAAAUCGGUUUUUAUCGCUCUGAGAUCUUACAUCACUUUGCAGCGGGUGCUCCUGACAGAUACGAUAACGUGAUAUAUGAUCUUUAUUUAACAUCGUUCAUCGUUUACCAAUUCACUAUCACUACAGAAAGGGCAAAGUACACGGAACUGGCCGUUUGUGUAGCUGUUUAUAAACUAUUACGACCCGGACCCGUGUAGACUACGAUGCAGAUGAAAUGACAGUCAAGUGACAAUA